GCCAGUGUAACAUUCCCACUCUUGUUCCUUCUCCACAGACAAGAAAACAAGCACACGACUCCCAAUUACACACACAGCCGUCCUCUUCUUUCGCUCCCUCGCCAACAAUCCAGCGGGAGCUUGAGAGCAGGUUUUGCCGAGGACCGGGACGCGCGUACGCGUGACGAGCCAGGGGCGUGAAGCGGAUGCUGCGAGGCUAAAGAAAAAAAAAAAAAAAAGAAGAAGAAGCGGCUGCGGGUAUCGAGCAUCGCUGCUGCAGCUGACACGAUGGACACAAUGAAAUGUCUCUCCUUCCUCUUCCUUUGCUUGACUUCGGUUGCCAGUGGCAACAAAGCCAAUAAGCACAAACCAUGGAUCGAGACCGAGUACCAGGGCAUCGUGAUGGAGAACGACAACACGGUCCUCCUCAACCCGCCGCUCUUCGCCCUGGACAAAGACGCUCCGCUUCACUAUGCCGGUGAAAUUUGUGGUUUCCGAGUGCACAACGGCCCCUCGGGCUCGGGCUCGGUCCAGUUUGAAGCGGUGGUCCUGGACCGCUCCACUGGCGAGGGUCUGGUGCGCUCCAAGGAGCCGCUGGACUGCGAGAGCCAGCGGGAGCACAGCUUCACCAUCCAGGCCUACGACUGCGGCGAGGGUCCCGAUGGCAUAAACAGCAAGAAAUCCCACAAGGCCACCGUACACGUGCGUGUCAAUGACGUCAACGAGUUCUCCCCCGUGUUCGUAGAGCGUCGCUACGAAGCGUCGGUCCCGGAGGGGCGUCUGUUUGACCGCAUCGUCCGUGUGGAGGCUCUGGAUGCCGACUGCUCCCCGCAGUACAGCCAGAUUUGCUUCUAUGACAUCAUCACUCCCAACGUGCCCUUUGCUAUUGACAACGAUGGUAACAUCAAGAACACAGAGCCGCUGGACUCCAAGCGUCAGCGCGUUCACACCUUCUGGGUGACCGCCUUCGACUGCGGCAAGAACCGCGCUCAGGCCGACGCUCAGGUGGCGGUCACGGUCAAGCCGUCCUGCAAGCCCGGUUGGAUCGGUUGGACCAAACGGGUGGAGUACACGCCUGGCUCAGGUAGCAUCCCGCUCUUCCCCACCUUGCAUUUGGAGACUUGCGAGGAGACCGUCUGGAACAUCCAGGCCACUGUAGAGCUUCAGACCGGCCACAUUGGGAAGGGCUGCGACCGUGACAGCUACUCAGAUAGAUCGGUGCGCCGACUCUGCGGCGCCGUUCGGGGCGAGGUGGAUCUCCUCCCACCUCCGUCGCCAGCAGCCAACUGGACAUCGGCCCUUCCCACUCUUCCCUCCUCCGAUUCCUCGCUGGUCUUCUCCUUCAACGGGUCCAACCACGUGGUGGUGGUACCGGACACCGUGGUCUCAGGUCUGUCCGGCGACCAUUUCACCCUGCAGCUGUGGAUGCGCAGGUGGGGCACCAAUGUCCAGCCAGCUGCCGCUCAGCCUAAAGCGAGUCGCAAAGAGGAGGAGACCAUCGUGUGUAGUACUGUCAAGAAUGAUGACUCGUUUUCCCACUACUCGCUUUCCGUGCAUGGCUGCCGUCUCUCGCUCUUCUACUGGCCCGAUGUCUCGGCUGCACGGCCCGUCAAGUUCCUGUGGAAAUUGGAGCAGGUGUGUGACAGCGAAUGGCACCACCUGUCGCUCAGCGUCCAGUUCCCCUCAGUCACCCUGUACGUGGACGGCGUCACCUUUGACCCCGCUCUCAUUCACGACAACGGCGCCCUGCCCAACCCGGCCCCUCGCCAGAGGAUGUCCAUCGGUGGCUGCUGGGAGCUGGAGGACAAGCAGAGAGAGAUAGUGAACAACAGCGUCCCAGAAGUGAAAUAUGUGGGAGGUUAUCACGGCCUGUUGUCGGGGGUGACGGUGCGUCCGGGCAGCGUGGAGCCUCACAGCGUGGUGGAGUGCCUGUACGCCUGCAGGGAGGGCCUGGACUUUGGAGACCUGGAGACUUUGGGAUCUGGAAUGAAGGUGCACGUGAACCCCAGCCAGUCUGUGUUAGUCCUGGAGGGCGACGACAUUGAGAGUUUUAACCGUGCCGUGCAGCAGGUGACUUACCGGAACUCCCUCCGCUUCGCCACACCCGGAGUGCGACCCCUCAAACUCACCACCUCGCUCAGAUGUUUCAACGAGGAGAGCUGUCUGUCCCUGAAGCCGCUGGAAGGUUACCUGGUGGUCCUCCAGCCUGAUGCUCCUCAGAUCUCACUGUCCGGGGUCGGCCCCCAUCUGGCUCGGCUUGCUCCCGAGUUCGAAGGCCCCCGGGGCGUCCCUCUUUUCCCCGAGCUGCGGAUUGUCUGUUCACUGACACAUGCUGUGAACACAGCUGCACAAGGGAUGGAAGGGGGUGCGCUAAUGUCUGACGCAGUGGCCCAUACUUUGGAUGGCUGUGAAGUUCAACCUCUGGGCGAGGAGCUAGACCUAGAGAAGGAGGAGCUUCUGGUCGAUAUGGAUGUUGUGCGAGAACGGGGUUUGGAGAUCAUCAAUACGACUGCCUACAUUGCUAUUACAGGUGCUGAAUCCAUCUCUGUGUACGAGGACGUCCUUCGCUCAGUCCGCUACCGACUGUCUAGGAGCUCCUCCCGCUUCGAGAGACGCUUCCGUCUGUACUGCUCCGAGAUGAACGGAAGAUACACCAGCAAUGAGUUGACUCUGGAGGUGAACUUUCUCCACUCCUUGGAUGGUAUGUACCAUCCAUCCCACCUGAUGGCCUCCCAGCAACAGUUUCUCCAUCAACAUGCGGGCGAGCUCAGUGGACACUCCUUGCCCAGCCUACAUCGCAACUCAGUGGUCCCCGGGGCAGCCACCAUCAUCAUCAUGGUGUGCGUGGGUUUCCUGGUCGUCAUGGUGAUCCUGGGUAUUUUCCGUAUCCGCUCCAUCCACCGCCGCAGUGAGGAGGCCCGUGAGGCCGCCAAGGAGGGCGGCGGCCAGUGGGACGACUCCGCACUCACCAUCAUCGUCAACCCAAUGGAGUCCUACGAAUCGCGCCUGGGUAUGUCUGCUGACACGGAAGGAGAGGGCGAGGAAGAGGAGGAGGAAGAGGAGGUGGCCGAGUCGUCCGACAAUGCCAGCGACGACCAGCGGAUCAUCUUCAAGAAGGAGGGGAGGGACGCCAACGCCCGUCGCUACUAAGCUGCAUGUAAACCCCCUCCACCAGUUCUCAUGGAUUUCUGAUCAUGUAUGGAAUGUACACCUGCGAAAACACACGAAACACAACACAUUCGAUGUAAUACUCAGCCACACGACGCCAUACGUGACCUAUAGCGGACGACGGGCGGUCGUUCUCCACUUCGAUGUUCAGCGGCACAAUGUAUACACUCGAUGUAAUUGAACGGCCUGAGCCACGCAAACGAUUUGUGGUGCACCGGGUCGACGUCACAAGACGAUGAUCUAAUUAAUAAUAAUAAUAACGCGUCUGUAUAGUGUGAUGCUGGAUGAAUGAGGCUGCUUUGUUUAAGAAAAAACAAUUGAUUGUAUUGUAUUUUGUUAUUGAACACACAAUUAAAUCCUUGCUUGAAUAAGUAGGCAAAAGCCCUGAUUUCCACAUGCUGACACACACACACACAUGCACGCACGCACAACUCAAUAGACUGAACCACAAAGUCUGGGCACAAGCUGUCUCCUUCCCCUUUGCGACCUCUCUACACAUUCCGCCAUAAUUAUUUGUGUUUUGUAAGACUUUCAUCUGUGAUGGAGCAAUAGAGACACGCUGAAAAGAAAAAAAGAACACUCCCACGAGGACGCCGUGGUGUGUGAAGAAUUAAGUUGGGAUUUUAUGAGAAUAGUCAUAAUGCGAUGAGAAAAUGGAUAGGGAGAAAGUGGUAUUAUUACAACAAAAGACAUUGCAAUUUGAGAAGAAAACUGUUGUCAUUUUACAAGAAUAAAGGGGUAGUAUAAAAGAAAAAAAUGCAAUUUAGGAGAAAAUUGUCAUUUUGCGGGAAUAAAGAGGUAAUGUGGUACAAAUAUGCAACUUGAGAAGAAUAAUGUUGGAGUAUUUUGUGUUUUUUGCAUUUAUGCCUGUAUGGAAACUUGGAUAUUUUUUCCACUAAAUUUAGCCUUUACACCUUUUUUUUUGUUCUCAUGAUAUUGUCUUUUAAGUUUUUUUUUUAUCACAUAAUUCAUAUCACAAUAAACAAAUUAUUAUAAUUCUCAAAAUAAUUGUAUUUUUGCUUUUUCUUUUCUUAAUUGCUAUAAGACUUCUUCAUUUUGAUAUUUAGAUUACUAUUUUAUUUUCGCAGAAUUAGACCCUGUUUCUUGUAAUAUUGUGACUCAUAAAAAAAAGACUUCAUUCUCCUAACGUUACAACUUCUUGGGUAAAUGUAUUUGACUUUAUUCUCGUCACAGUAUGACUUCUAUAAAAACAAAAACAAUAAAAUUGGACUUAAUUCUCAGCUCAAAAUAAAAGUAGACAGCGAAUCAGUGCUCUAAUGCAUCUCACAUUGACGUCUGGAAUGUCUUUAAACCAUACAAGCACACACACUUGUCACCACAUACGCUUACACACUGCAACAUAAUGCAUCCCCCCCUUCCCCCCGCGCUAUCCCCAGAAUGUCAGCUCAGCUUGGGCAGUUUUGACUGUAUUGAUUGUAAUGAAUUUUAUGUACAUACAAUGAGGAAUAUUAUGAUUAUUAGUGUCAUGAAUUACUAUUGCAGCCACUUUUUUCAGCACGCUUGGCGAGGGAGCAGAGGGUCAUUUCCCUGUUUUUUUUUUUUUGUGUGUGUUUUUUUUUUUUUUUGUCAAUCGCCUAUUCCAGCAUCGAGAAAACAGUAGGAAAAUAAUUCUAGUAGUCGUGGUGAGGAUGAUAACUGGCUUGAUGAGUGUCUCUUACUUUUGUGUCUAAUAAUGUUGUAAUUUAAGAAUUUGUCAAUAUAGGAAUCACAGAUUAAAAAAAAACAGAAGGCACAUUUGUUGUGAUAUCUGCAACUGUAUAUAAACGUGGCAUCGCAAUCUUUCACACUCUUUUGCAUUACAAUUCCGUUUUGUAUCUUCCAUCUGAUAUUUCACUUCAACGAAUGUACAACUUGUGCUUUUCACCCACCGCUCCAAACGGCCUCAUCUCCAACACCGCCCCCCCACCUCCGUGUCUCUUGUUGUCAGUCUGUGUAGCCUUUCAAUGUGCAGUGCUAUAAGGAAAAAGAAAAAAACAAGAAAAAUCUGUCCGUAAAUAAAUGAUAAUAAAGCCCGUUUGUUUUUUUGUUCUUCGGGCGAGAGAGUAAUGUCACAAAGGAGUGGAAACAUUGCACUGAAUAACUUAUAUUGUAUUACGCUCAUUACUGGAACAUUAUGUGGAAUUACGGAUACAGAGAUGAUGAGAUGGGUUGUUACUGAGGGAAAACUGUUGGGCAAUGUGACAAAAUUCAUAAUAAAAAUAUAUGAC